AUGCGUAAUGAUGCGUUGACCACUUAUCCCUCAAGCCUACCACCAUGGAGUUUCAGGUGCUUCUUCUCACACUCUUCCUUCCCUCCUUUGUCAUCUUUCCGCCGAAGUGCCGGACACCUACCCUCGGCUCCUUGGCCGCGGCUGCCGGUCAUUGGCCACUUGCACCUCCUCGGUCCCCUCGUCCAUCACUCCCUCCACCGCCUUUCUCUUCGAUACGGCCCCUUCUUCUCUCUUUACCUGGGUUCCAUUCCCUGCAUCGUUGUUUCUAAUCCCCAUUAUGCUAAGUUGUUCCUUCAGGACAAGGAGCUCUCCUUCAGCUCUCGCUUUGAAUCCACUGCCAUUAAACGGCUCACAUACGAGACCUCUCUGGCUUUCUCACCCAACGGACCUUACUGCAAGUUCGUCAAGAAGCUAACCUUGAACGAACUAGUAGGUUCUCGAGGCACAGAAAGAUUUUGGAGCCUGCGUGCCCAGGGGUGCCAAAACCUUGUGAAGCUCGUCGCUAAAAAGGCAAGGUCUGGUGACGCGGUGAAUGUGACAGAGCAGCUACACAAGAUGACGAACAGACUGAUAUCGAAGAUGAUGAUCGGAGAAUCGGAGGAGGCGACGGAUGUGAUACGAGAGGUAACGACGAUGUUCGGAGAGUUCAACGUGGCGGAUUUUGUUGGAGUGUUGAAGAAGGUGGACGUGCAAGGGUUUGGGAAGAGAAUCGAGAAUCUGCAUCAGAGGUUUGAUGAUUUAGUGGAGAGGAUCAUUACGAAACGUGAACAAGGCAGGGAAAAUGGCAGGAAACAAGACGAUGGCGAUAAGGACUUUCUUGACAUUUUGCUUGAUCUUGCGGAGGAUGAGAGCUGCCAUGUCAAAAUUACAAGGGUUCACAUGAAAGGCUUAGUUAUGGAUUUAUUCACAGCGGCCACAGGUGCUAUAGCAACAGGGAUAGAAUGGGCACUGGCAGAGCUUAUCAGCCACCCCCAUUUACUCCAAAAAGCUCGCGAGGAGAUUGAUGACGUGGUUGGAAAUCAGCGGUUGGUUGAUGAAUCAGACGGUUCAAAACUCCCCUUCAUCCAAGCCGUCAUCAAAGAAACGUUGCGUUUGCACACGCCAGUGGCUUUAGUUGUAAGAAGGUGCAUCGUAGAGAGCAGGAUUGAGAAUUACGUGAUCCCAAAGAACAGUGUGCUUAUAGUUAAUGUUUGGGCCAUGGGCAGGGACCAAAACCUCUGGGAGAGCCCAAUGGAAUUUGAGCCCGAACGAUUCUUAAGGCCCGUAGAAGGAGGUAAUUGUGAGAGGGUUUUGGAUGUGAGGGGACAACAUUUUGGGUCCCACUUUGAGUAUUUUCCAUUUGGGAGUGGGAGGAGGAUGUGUGCUGGUAUUACUCUAGACAUGCAAGAGUUGCCCAUAGUGCUGGCCGCCCUCAUUCAGUGCUUUGAUUUUCGGCCCAUAGGCCCUGAUGGCAACAAAGUUGACGAGGUUGAUAUGAUAGAGGGGCCGGACUUGACUGUUCCACGAGCCCAUGAACUUGUAUGUGUCCCCAUCGCAAGGCCCAUAUGUGGCCCACUCCACUUGGUUUGA